AUGCUCUUAUUCGGCUCAGUUAUUGUGGCUACGCUGGUGACUUUCGGUUUGGCGCGCUUGCCUGGCAUUGAUCAGCGCGCGACUACAUCAGCAUUUACGCCCAAGCACCGCAUUUCCCCCAAAGAUGGCUCCAAGAUUGCACUGCCAACAGCUGAGCAACUCGCGUUCCAAGAUAGGGAAGUCGGAGUGCUCAUACAUUUCAACAUCGAGACAUAUUUGGACACUGAUGGCUGCCUUGAAGUCCCCUGGAACGUACCCAACCAGACUUUGUUCAACCCUGCGCUGAUUAACACUGAUCAGUGGAUGGAUACAAUCAGAGCUUUGGGCGGAAAAUUUGCCACGCUAGUCGCCAAGCAUAGUUGCGGUUUUACGAUGUGGCCAAGCAAGGUGACAUUUCCGACAAGCGACAAUCAUGUCAUUCCUUACAAUUACACUAUCUCUGAGUCUCCGGUCCAUGAUAUGGAUAUUGUCAAGAGUUUCGUAGGCUCUGCGCAAAAAUAUGGCAUUGGACAUGGCUUCUAUUACAGUGUGUACAAAAAUAACUUGUUCAACGUAGACCAGCUCAGGGUCAAGACGACUCCCCUUCUGCCGGGGCAGGUCAGUAUUAGCAACAGCACGUAUGAUCAGGUUGUGUACAACCAAUUAACUGAAUUGUUGACGAACUACGGCAAACUCACAGAGAUCUGGCUCGACAGCGGUAUUACCAGUACUCAGCGGGACGAGAUUGAGAAACUCUUACAAGCGCAUCAGCCUCAAGCUGUCAUUUUUGAUGGAUGCAAGACGAAUGACACUUGCGUUUCUAAUUCAGUUCGAUGGCCGGGAAAUGAGAAUGGAGUAGCCGCCGAAGAGAAUUGGUCAAGUGGUUUGCAACAGGGUGGGGACCCGAAUAGCCCUUAUUUUUGCCCCGCAGAGUGCGAUACUACCUUGCAAACAGACAGGCGCUGGUUUUUUGGCGUCGACAAGCCUUUGCGAUCCCUUGAAGAAAUGAUCGAUGUCUACCACAAAUCGGUUGGCCGGAAUUGUAUUCUGGAGUUGGACCUCACUCCUGAUCGCCGCGGUCUUAUUCCCGACAACCAUGCUACCCGUUAUAAGGAGCUGGGAGAUUUUAUUAGCUCUUGCUAUGGCAAGUCCGUCGCCAGUCAGGCACAUCACGGCACGGACGAGAACGGUACUUAUACAAUAAGAUUCGACUCACCUGCCUCCAUCGAUCGCAUCGUACUGAUGGAGGACCAGACGGACGGCCAGGUCAUACGGUCGUAUCAAGUGCUUGCGAAGAUUGUGGAUGGACUGGGUGCAAAUGACACGUCAGCUGUCCCCUGGACUUCGUUGAAGAACGGCACCAGUAUCGGUCACAAGAAGAUUGAUCUCUUUCCGAAGGCCUAUACCGUGACAGAUGUCAUGAUUGCUUGUACCUUCGUCGAUACUCCGAAAUGGCGGUCGGUUUCGGUUCAUCUCUGUGAUCGCUUGGGUAGCUCAUUUUCGAAGAUUCAGGCCGAAGCAUAUACUUCCAGCAACGGAACAAAGAUUCAACAAACAUCGGACACAGAGGGCGGCGAUAACGUCGGAUGGAUUCAUCGAGGCAACUGGCUCGGUUAUCGCGGGAUUGACUUCAGCGACGGCGGGGCUACACAAUUCUCUGCGAGGGUCGCCUCGGGUGCCAGGAGUGGGGGGGGCACGAUCCAGGUUGCGCUGGACAGUCCGACUUCCACACCAAUUUGCAGCCUCUCCGUCUCAAACACAGGUGGCUGGCAGAGCUGGAAGACGAUCUCAGCCAAUGUCAGCGCCAUAACUGGAACGCAUACCGUCUACUUAACCUUCAUGAGUGACCAGGCUUCCGACUUCGUUAAUGUGAAUUGGUUCACCUUUUCUAAGUGA